CAUUUUCGAUUAGACAAGCAAGCAAGCAAAGGCUAUUUCGCAGGUUGUUGAGGUGGCAGCAGGUUUUAUAUUUAACUACAACAAACAGAAUCUCUUAUAAAAGAAGUGCCCAGGGAGUUUCGAUCUCUUCGACUUUCAACCUGAGCAGACAUGGAGGCUCACCCUCUCGUUGUGUGUCUGAUGUUAGCCGUGUUCGGUUCGGCUUUCUGUGUCGAUGACGGUCCCGACGCACAAUUGAUUGGGGCUCCGGAAGCCAUGGCCCGCUUGUCUGAGUCGGACCCUGGUGUUUUGAGAGCGGUUAAAUUCGCCGAGGAGCGAUACAAUAUGGGAUCCAACGGCAUGCAUAUCCGCAGAGUCAGUCGCGUGAUAUCAGCCAGCAAACAGGUGGUGAAGGGCAUCAGGUACAGCAUCACGGUGGAGAUUGGGAACACACAAUGCAAGAAGACGGCUGAGCUCAGUAUGACUGACUGUGAGUUUGCUCCAGAGCCCCACAAGCUGAAGACGGAGGUGUGCCUGUUUGAGGUCUGGGAUAUCCCCUGGCAGAGCAAAUUCACACUGCUCAAACAGAAGUGCCAGCCUUCAGUUGCCCCUCAGGAGCUCAGGAAGGUUGUGGCUGUGCCCCUCUCUGUAAACAAGCCCUCACAGGAGUCUGUGGAGCUGUUGACUCAGUUCAAAGACUUCAUGGAGAGAUAUAACCGCUCUUACAGCGGUCAGGAGGAGGCUGAGAGGCGCCUGCAUAUUUUCCAGGAGAACAUGAAGACUGUGCAGGUCCUGCAGUCCCUCGAGCAGGGAACCGCUGAAUAUGGGGUUACCAAGUUCAGUGACCUCACAGAGGAUGAGUUCAGGACAAUGUACCUGAAUCCUCUCCUGAGUCAGUGGUCCCUGCAGCGCCCCCUAAAGCCUGCAGCACGCGCUCGCGACCCCGCACCAGACACCUGGGACUGGAGAGAGCAUGGCGCGGUCAGCGAUGUUAAGAACCAGGGAAUGUGUGGCUCCUGCUGGGCCUUCUCGGUCACAGGGAACAUCGAGGGCCAGUGGUUCCUGAAAACUGGCAAACUCCUGUCCCUUUCUGAACAAGAGCUUGUGGAUUGUGAUAAGGUGGACCAGGCUUGUGGGGGUGGGCUUCCAUCCAAUGCCUAUGCUGCCAUUGAGAACCUUGGUGGCCUGGAGACUGAGACGGACUACACCUACACAGGUCACAAGCAGAUCUGUGAUUUCUCCACGGGGAAAGUGGCCGCUUACAUCAACAGCUCUGUGGAACUGCCUAAGGAUGAGAACGAGAUUGCUGCCUGGUUAGCAGAGAACGGCCCUGUGUCCGCAGCACUUAAUGCUUUUGCCAUGCAGUUCUACAGGAAAGGCAUUUCACACCCUUUGAAGAUCUUCUGUAACCCAUGGAUGAUUGACCACGCCGUCCUGCUGAUUGGCUAUGGAGAACGUAAGGGAGUCCCAUUCUGGGCCAUCAAGAACAGCUGGGGCGAGGACUACGGAGAACAGGGCUACUACUACCUGUACAGAGGAAAAGGGUUGUGUGGCAUCAACAAAAUGUGUUCCUCUGCGGUGGUCAACUAGAGCACACACACACACACACACAUACACACACAUACAGACAUGCAUACACACACACAUAUGUUCACGUCUGACAGAUAAGGCUGUCCAUUGUGUUAAAAUCACAUUACACACACCUAUCAGGCCCUACCUCUAGACAUCUUACCCGAGGACUCACCUGUGUUCUCACCUGAAGACUGACCUGGGGCGUGAUUUCCUCUGCACACACCACAGGUCCUAAGGCCUGCUCUUUCACACGUAGGUUGCACAUGUGUAAGUUAGCAGGACCUCCUAUCCGUUAACACUAACAAACCUGCUGUAUUUUGUGUUUGAUGAUGUGAUUAGUUUGACAUAAGCUUCACUUGUGUUGCUGUUUUAAUUUAAUGUAAUUGGUAUUAUAACAGGUCAUAUUUUUUUUAAAUGCUUUUUCCCUAGAAAGUACUGCAGUGAUGUGGUGAUAAUCAUAUACAUUCACCCAACUUGAAAGGGGGAUUUUAUGUAGCACAUGUUGUUUGUUAUGUGUGUCAUACUAAGUACUUGAGGCAUUGUAAGGGACAGUAAUACAAAGAGGUCUGCAACUGCAGAAUUUACUUUUUUUCCUGAUGUCAGUGUUGUCUUUAUAUUACAUAAAAAUACACAUAGAUAUCAUUCUGUUAUUUCUAUAGACCUCUGAGCCAGCUAGCAAGUUCACACACACACACACACACACACACACUAUACUGACUUUAAGUGCUAAUUUCGAGGUAGACCUGGAGUUGGGCACAGGGAGUAAUUAACACACAUCUGAAAACUGAAAUGAACACGUUUUGCGCAGUUUGUACAUCAUCUCCUGUAGCCUUGUGUCUAAAAGUAAUAAAUCUCUGCUCCCC